GGUUGGUGGGGGGGGGGGAUAGCAGAAUUUGCCUGUAUAAAAGGUAAAGUCUAGAACAAUAAUAUCACAGACUUGAAAUGUGUCUGUAAGGGACUUAAAUAAAGGCUUUCACUUUAUUGGAAUAUCUGUGAGUAUGGGUCGCUAUUUUUUCCAAAGUACUUAGUCUUUGUAAAUACCUGUCUCUAUUUGUACAACAGUUUUCAUCUAUAGAAAUACAUGUCUCUAUUUGUACAACAGUUUUCAUCUAUAUAAAUAUAUUAUGUCUCUAUUUGUAAAAAAAGUUUUUGUUUGUAUAAAUUUCUGUAUCUAUUUCGUACACCACCUGGAUGCGUGGAUAUGUCUUUAAAGUUUCCAAACGCUCUAUUCAUAAUAUAACAAUAUGUCUCUAAAUCUAAAUGUCUUUGUAUCUUUCUAGUUCUUGGUGGCUAUCACCUUUCUAAACGUUUUUGUGCAAUAUCUGCCUCAAACUGUCUCCGUAUCAGACUGUAUCUGUCAACAAUAGAUGGCUAAAAAUGGGGAUUUAAAAGUAUAUUUUGUUCUUAUUAACAGACUGAGGCGAUAGACAGUACACAAUGUGUGAAAGUCUUGAGCUUGUUCAAGCCAAGAGACGAAUUUCAAACUUUGUCUCAAAUAUGAGAGAAUUUCCAUGUUCUUUUAACUUGGGAGAUGCCACCAUCUUGGAUGGUCCACUGAACAUUGCAAGACCAACUCUGAGGGAUGAUACUUGGCUGUUUUUAAAGAAACAUCUAAGAGAGGAAGAUGAUGAUGACGAUGCUGAACUGAUUCAGCGUGUGUGGCGACAAAAUGUCCUCGUCCGAGUUCACGCCGAACUUCACAACGUCAGAAAGUCUCUGAAAUUCUGCACAGACCUUGUACACACGUUGCCAGAUAAUUUGGUGGCCCAUGCCAAUUUGGCGUUUGUGUAUUUGUUAAAGGGAGACAUGUCGAUGGCGGAGACUCAGUUAAGUUUAAUCAAGGAGAGAAAGUUUAGUGACGAUGCCCGGUUGGACGCUGUAGCCGAACAAUGUUACACGUACUUCAAAAUUUCAGGUAAUGAUAAGAAUCUGACCUCUGCUACAGAGCUGAUCAAAUAUGUUUUAAGAUUUCGUCCGAAGGAUGAUCGCCUGCGUCUAAUGCUGGCUGUGUUGUACAGGAGACUCAGUCGCUAUAAGAAAAACAUGGGUAGAGACCAAAGCGCAAAUCGUGUGGGCUACGUUACUAAGUCUGUUGAAGAACUGAAGCUUCUUAGAACGCUGUCCAGUAGCACUCAGAUUAAAGCUGUGGCUAUCAUAGAACUAGCGCUACUUAAAAAAGACAUGAGAUUACUUGAAGAGUGGGAAAAGACUAGGUUGAUGGGAGCAGAGUCUGUAGAGGACCUGUGUGCACUUGCUAUCGGUCUCAGUCCAACGUCUACCAUAGUUUUAACAACAGCGGGACAAAUUCUCGUUACAUUACGCAAAAUGUGCAGAGCGGAGAAAAUAUUGACUCAAAUUCUGGAGAAGAGAACAUGCCCAAAGGCGUACCUUUACUUAGGAAUACUGUACCAAAAUAAGGCCGUUCAGUUUGAACAAGAACGAGUCUAUAAAACGAUUAGGAGAGAAUCAGUAGAUUUGCAAAAGCUUGCUUUGCCGGAAUAUAAGGUACGCUUAAUCAAAUUACUAACUGACAUUACAGGAAAUAUUUUGUUUUUUAGUGAUGAUAACAUAUUAAUACAACAGACACUCAACAUCUUUAAAAUGUGUAUUAACAUGGACUUUUGUGACGAUGAAAUGCUUCGAAAAAUUGCGCUUAAAUUCAUGCAGUGUCGGGACUACAUCACAGCGCUGAAGGUCUGUCAGAAACUUGUACGAGAAGACCGCUCUUGUGCCCAGCAGACAACAUGCCACUCUGUGAUGUACCACAUGGCCGCCAUUUGUUGUUCUCAGAUGGCGUCUACACUCCAGGAUGAAAAGGAACAAGAAAAGUUAUACAGCAUGGCCGAGGGCAUGAUUUUAUCGUCUAUUCGAGUGAUGGCUUCUCUGGUUUCGAAACAGUCUGAUCUGAAGACACGCAACGAACUUUGGGGACUGUUUCGCCAGAAACCGGACAUUCAAGAGAUGGACAUUAAAGACUCCGUCGUGUCCAACAAUGAGAGCUUGGGUCAACUUGUGGCAUACUACAAGGAAGCUGUACCGGUAUUAAAGGCUCUAGUUGACAAACCAGAAGGCAGUUGGCUGGACAUUGGUAAUCUUGAGAGGGAUUUAACAUUCUGUGAGGCUGAAGGAAUAACAAAAGCUUUAUUGUAUCUAGACUUUCUCAAACUUAAGGGAGACAAGGCGUGUCAACUCACCUGGCAGAACAGCUCGGUUGUGCGUUCCAUUAAAUUGGACGCAGCUAAGAAAGUUUUACGUCACCACCAGGCAGACGACAAUCCUGAUCCGAUAUGGCAGGAGAUCUUUAACGAAGAAUAUGAGUUAGAGCCCCAAGUGAAAUUGGCGCCCUUAGGUCGACUGGAUGCGCUUCUGCAAUUAAAGACAUACGAUGUUGUCAUUGUGGGCACUGAAGAUGAACUCACGAGACAAGUUGUUGAAUGUUUAAAGGAUAUUUUUGGGCAAGUUUUAGGCAUGAUAGUGCUCGAUGUGGCCCAAUUACCAAGUCUUGAACAACAGAUGGUAGUCAGCUCCAGCGCCCAGGUCGUCAUCUUUGUCAUGAACGUGAACACGCGUGGCAAAUUGGCUGAUGAGAGCAGGCAACCAACCCAGCCGAUUGAACCAACCAAGCAAAGUAGUCGAUCAAAGCAGCCAAUGGAAACAUUUGAAAACAGCCAAUCAAAUCUGACAAUAGAACAGCCCAGUGAAAGUAGCCAAUCCUGCCAUCUCAUGGAACCGUCCAAUCAUAACAGCCAAUUAAAUCAGAAUAUUAAACCGUGCAUUGAAAGAAGACAAGCAAAGCAGAUUUUUGAAUCAUCCGAUCAAAGCAGCAAAGCAAACCAGUUGACGGAACUGUCCAAUCAAAUCAGCCAAUCAAAGCAGCCAUUUGAAGCAUCUAAUGAAAGCAGCCAAUCAAAGCAAACAUUUAAAGCAUCUAAUGAGCGCAGCCAAUCAAAGCAGCCAUUUGAAUCAUCUAAUGAAAGCAGCCAAUCAAAGCAGCCAUUUGAAGCAUCUAGUGAAAGCAGCGAAUCAAGCGAGCCAAUCCAACCAGAUGCAGAGAAGGUAGACUUGAACUCGGGGUUUGUGGCCAUCAGACACGCUUGUCUCAACUUGCACGAUCAUGAGAACUCACCUAAACAAAUAUUGAAUAUAUUUACUGGGCCUUUUUCCACUCAAGGCUCUCCUAGAGAGCUGAGAGGGCAUCAAAGUCUACAUCUGACCUGUAAUGACCUAAAGGUCAUGUCUUUUAUGAGCCCAGGGGUCGACACGUUUGAAUCAAACUUUAGCGACGACAUUCCUACUUUACUGACCGGAGGGUCAGUCAAUGACAGACCAAUAUCUAAUGUGACAGGAGGGUCUGCCAAUGACAGACCAAUAUCUAAUCAGACAGGAGCGUCAUCCAAUGCCCCACCGGAUCUUGUCAUCCACAAGACAGACUCAAAAGUUAACAACGAUGCAUCAGUAAAAGUUGUCAUGAAGAUAUUUAAAGGCAUUGUCAGGCAGCUGCCCUAUGACAUUUAAAUUAUGUCAAAUGCUAAAAUGUUGAUUACAGUUAAACUAUAAUUACUUAACAAUUGUAAUGUUUACCUUUGUUAUACAAAUCUAAGAAAAUAAUAAUUAAUCGCUCCUGUUGGCGUAUAAUGUCGAGGUGACAAUAUUUUCCACUGCUACUUUUGUGUGUGUUGAAAAAGUCUUGCCGCACUAAGGGAGGUAAGUAGCAGAUCAGCUUUAACAUAGUGGUUAAACUAUGUUAAAUUUAACAAAAACUUUGAGAUCAAUUUUUCUCUCUUUCGAGCUGAAUGUGUAAUGUUUUAAAAUU